AUGACUGACUUUCCUCUGAGAUCAAUCCUUCAUAGCCCUGAUGCUUCUCAGCGACUCAUGAAGUGGGCUAUAGAGCUAAGCCAAUAUGACCUACUUUACCGGCCAAAAGCUGCAAUAAAAGCCCAGGCUUUAGCUGACUUCGUAGCGGAGUUCACCCCAUCGGCCGAAGAAGAGAAAAUGGUCAACGAAAAGAAGGAAAGUUCAAAAGCAGACGGGACCUUCGCUGAACCUAGCCAACCUAGAGACACGUGGCAGUUGCAGGUAGACGGAUCGUCAAACCAAAAAGGAGCUGGAGCGGGUGUCGUCAUCAUCACCCCGGAUGGAACCUUGUUGGAGCAAGCUAUCACGCUUGGCUUCCCAGCCUCGAACAACGAGGCAGAAUACGAGGCACUGCUCGCCGGCCUGCGCUUGGCGAAGGAACUUGCAAUUAAGAAACUAGCCAUCUACUCAGAUUCCCAACUGAUCGCGAAUCAAGCCUUAGGUGAAUACAUGGCGAAGCACCCAAGAAUGAUCUUGUACCUUGACAAAGUCCAGGAGCUGUUGAAGGCAUUUCCUACCUUCACCAUCCAACAAGUACCCCGGGCAGAGAACGCACAUGCAGAUGCACUAGCCAGUCUAGGGUCAGCGUUGGAUACCCAGUUCAGACGCUCCAUCCCGGUCGAACACCUUGACCGGCCAAGCAUUGAAGAGGUAGAGCCAAUCGACACCAUGCGAAUUGACGAGGACCCCAGCUGGCAAGACCCCAUCAUUGACUACUUAGUGAAUGGAAACCUACCCGCGGACAAGUCCGAGGCUAGGAAGGUCCAGCAGAAGGCCGCGAGAUACUACAUGCACAACAACAAGCUCAUCCGCAAAUCAUACUCCGGCCCUCACCUUACCUGCAUAAGAUACCCUCAAACACUUGAGGUCCUCUGCAAAAUUCACGACGGCGAGUGUGGCAACUACUCUGGGGGCAGGUCACUCGCCCAGAAGGCCCUAAACGUAGGCUACUUCUGGCCUACCAUGUGCCACGACUUCGCUGAAUAUGUCAAAAAGUGUGAUCGUUGCCAACGAUACAAGCCAAUUCCUAAUUUGCCUGCCGAAAUUUACCAUCCGCAAAACAGUCCAUGGCCAUUCAUGCAAUGGGCCAUCGACUUAGUGGGUCCCUUGCCACCGGCGCCCGCUAAGAAAGAAAUGAUGAUCGUCACCACCGACUACUUCACUAAAUGGAUCGAGGCCGAAGCUCUAUCCUCUACUAAAGAAGCCGAUGUGGAGCGAUUCAUCUGGAGAAACAUCAUAUGCCGAUUUGGCUGCCCACAAUCGCUGGUCACUGACAAUGGCUCACAGUUCAUUGGCAAGCAUAUCACCGCCUUCUUUGCGAAAUACAAGAUCAAACAACACUUAUCCACUCUAAGGUAUCCACAAGGAAAUGGGCAUGCCGAGGCAUCUAACAAAGUCAUAUUGGACUGCUUGAAGAAGAGGCUAGAAGGCGCCGAAGGGAAAUGGGUGGAUGAACUCCCCGGAGUACUAUGGGCUUAUCGCACUACCAAGCGAAGGUCGACUGGUGAAACCCCAUUCUCCCUCGCCUAUGGGACAGAAGCGAUCAUCCCUCCUCACAUCACAGUCCCCUCUACAAGCCUCGAGGUGGGCAGUGUUGAUCAGAACUCCAAGCAAAUGAGGCUCAACCUUGACCUACUUGAGGGCGAACGUGAGAAGACCAUUAUUCGAGUCGCCUCCUACCAGCAGCAGUUGAAGUCUUACUACGACAGAAGAGCUAAGGUCAGACAGUUUCAACCAGGCGACCUCGUGCUAAGAAAGGCUUUCAUCACCGCACCAAGACAAGGGUCGAAAAAGAUGAAUCCCAACUGGGAAGGCCCUUAUGUGAUCAGCCGAUCCGGGGGCAGAGGAAGCUACACAUUGGACACCAUGGAUGGGAAGCAAAUACCACGACAAUGGAAUGUUCACCAUCUCCGAAAUUUCUCAUUCCAAAAUGUCUUCUCUGCUUACAAAAUACAAACAGUUGCCCAUAAGCAGCGUCCUAAGGGAGACGCAGGGCGACGACCAAAGCGUCCUAAGGGAGACGCAGGGUGCGCCAGGAAUUUCUUAAAAGGAGGUCUCCAUGCCUUCUGCGAGAAGUAUCCAGGUUCCUAUCCGUUUCCUAAGGGAGGCAGGAUAGACACGCAGUUGUCCAUAAGCAGCGUCCUAAGGGAGACGCAGGGCGACGACCAAAGCGUCCUUCGGGAGACGCAGCCCGUUCCUCUUAAGGGGGGCCCUGUCACUCGCCAACUUCCUAAGGGAAACCAUCCUAAGGGAUGCGCAGGACACGCCCGGAGUCCCUCAAGGGGGACCCUGGCACUCGCCAACUUCCUAAGGGAAAAACAUCAUACGGGAUGUGCAGAAUACGCUCAGAAUCCACCAAGGGGAACCCUGUCACUCAUAAAUCUCCAAAGAAGAAGUGCAAUUAAGACAGAAGCUGAUUACUUAACAGUUCACAGGUCGAUAUGCAAAUUGAAAGUUGAGAGUAACAACUGA